CUGGUUCGGCUGCAGUCUGAGGAGYGGGAUUCUGUGAUCGUUGCGGGAUUUUUGCGUUUUUUUUGUGUUCCGUGUUCACACUGGACCCUCGGUACCGGGUCGGAACCAUGGCGGUGACGGAGGCGGGAUGUGACCUGACUUACUGCAAGAUGCGCGGGAUCGUUGCGGUUCUGACCGCUUUCAUCAAGGACCGGAAACUGGGUCUGAAUGACUUCAUCCAGAAGCUGGUGUCCUCCCCCCACAUCUGCCAACACGUGGAGGUCAACAACUUCCUGAAGAUCGAUGAAAACCAGAACGAGGCUGAGGAUGGAGCUCAGAUGUUCCUGAACCCUCGCAGCUCCCUGGCUGAGGACCUCCAGGUCAAACCGUGUGACUUCGACUACCUGAAGAUCAUCGGGAAAGGCAGCUUUGGGAAGGUUCUUCUGGCCCGGCACAAGGAGACCGCCAAGUACUACGCUGUCAAGGUCCUGCAGAAGAAGAUCAUCCUGAAGAAGAAGGAGCAAAAACACAUCAUGGCAGAGCGCAGCGUCCUCAUGAAGAACAUCAAGCACCCCUUCCUGGUGGGUCUGCACUACAGCUUCCAGACCGCAGACAAGCUCUACUUUGUUCUGGACUACGUCAACGGAGGCGAGCUCUUCUAUCACCUGCAGAGAGAACGCAUCUUCCUGGAGCCCAGAGCUCGCUUCUACGCUGCUGAAAUCGCCAGUGCCCUGGGCUACCUGCACUCCCUGCACAUCGUGUACCGGGACCUGAAGCCGGAGAACAUCCUGCUGGACUCACAGGGUCACAUUGUCCUGACUGACUUUGGACUCUGCAAAGAAGGCUUGGAGCCCAACGGAACCACAACCACGUUCUGUGGAACACCUGAGUAUUUAGCUCCUGAGGUUCUGCAGAAGCAGGCGUACGACYGCACGGUGGACUGGUGGUGCCUGGGCUCCGUGCUCUACGAGAUGCUCUACGGACUUCCUCCGUUCUACAGCCGCAACACGGCCGAGAUGUACAGCAACAUCCUGCACAAAGCUCCGGUCCUGAAGCCCAACGUGUCCAACGCCGGCAGGGAGCUGCUGGAGGGGCUGCUGCAGAAGGACCGGUCCAAGCGGCUCGGAGCCCGGGACGACUUCCUGGAGCUGAAGUACCACUCCUUCUUCUCCCCGAUCAGCUGGGACGACCUGAUGGCCAAGAAGAUCACCCCUCCGUUCAUCCCCUCCGUGUCCGGUCCCACAGACCUGCGACACUUCGACCCGGAGUUCACCCACCUGCCGGUGUCCUCGUCCCUCUGCAGUGACACGGCCAUGGUGACCAGCAGCCUGAAGGAAGCAGCCGCAGCCUUCCCAGGCUUCUCCUACGGACCCCCGGCAGAUCACUCCUUCAUGUGAGCRGACCGGACCCUGAGACGUGGACCUCUAACAGACUCUGGUUCUGACGGAUGUGACGGGUCGAUGGAUCCAAACUUCUGCCUGGAUCUGUAAUGUGCCAAGAGAGGAGGUUCUCCAGGACCUGACAGAUCCCUGCGCUGGUUCUGGAGCUCCCAGCUGCUGGUGAAGUGCCUGAUGGAGGAGACCCGGUCCGGACCGGCUCGUUAAACACGAUGCCUUCGUGGACAGUCAGUCGUGUCAUUUGCACUCGAGGAAACAAGUGUUGGAGAAARUGGAGCGUUUGUUUUGUUCAGAGCAGCUUUGGAUCUUAAUGGUGCACAUCUGUGGACCGCAGAAAWAUCACAAAACAAACUUUUCUCUGACCUGUUGCUCCUCAAACUCUGACCUGUUCCUGUACUGUAGAACAAAAACAUAUUUUAUUGUGAAAAUACAAGGUUUACUUCCUGAAAUAUCAUAAAUACAUCCUGAUGUAAAUAUC